AUGAUGAUGGAGAACCACCACUUGAAAGAGAUCUUCUUAUACACUGCAAACCAAGUGAAAAUUGCACACCAAAAAAAACCAACACAAAUAAUGACUGUCCUUGAUCCUAAUUUGGAACCCAUGGUUUAUCCAUUGUUAUACCCAUAUGGGGAUCAAAGCUGGGGAAUUGACAUACCAUUGAAAAAAAGACCGCAAGAUUUAUACACUUUAGCAAACCAGUCAUAUAAUCCUAGAGUUAGAGUCACUCGAAUGCAAUACUACGGUUACCGUCUUUCCAUUAGAGAGGAUUUUAACCCUUUCUUAAAUGCAGGCCGCCUUACACAGCAAUAUAUAGUUGAUGCAUAUGUAAAAACAGAAGACAAGAGACUCAAUUAUAUACGUCAAAAUCAGCCCAAAAAAUACACUGGAUUAAUGGAUAAUUUACUUAAUGAAGCCAAUGAAGCAUGCCUGAGUCCUAGAAAAAUGUAUAUUUUGUCUGCUUUAUUUGCACGAAGCCCCAGAAACAUGCAACAAAAUUAUCAAGAUGCAAUGGCAAUUGUCAGAAAAUAUGGAAAACCAGAUCUUUUCAUUACAAUGACAUGCAAUCCCAAAUGGGAAGAGAUUGUACAUAACCUACAACAUGGACAAACUGUUGAUGGACAACCACAUUUAGUUGCAAGAGUAUUUCAUCUAAAACUUAAAGCUCUAAUUGAUGACAUCAGUAAAAAACAUAUUUUUAGAGUCCCAAAAGCAAUAGUCUAUAUGAUAGAAUUUCAACGUGGUGCAGAAAAAAAUAUUGGACGAAUGUAUUCUGUCAAUUUAACAUCAGAUAAAGAGCGUUACUGUCUGUCUCUACUAUUGCUGCAUGUAGCAGGUGCAGUAUCUUUUGAAGAUCUGAGGACGGUACAUGGAAAUGUCUAUUUUUACUUUCCAAGAGGCUGCAAAAGCAAAAGGACUUAUUAA